AUGGCAGUUAACAACGUGAGUCUUCUGCUUCAAUCCACUCAACUCACUCUCGAUGAUGAAGUAAAGAUUCUAAUUGGCCUUUUGAUGGAUCUGGAUCGAAUCCGUCUGCCUUGGGACCUGAUUUUGAUAGAGGCAACAGAAGUUGCAAAGAACUUGAAAUUUGAUAAAAUAAUGUUAACUGUGAAGAGAACGCGAAAAAAAAUCAUCUCAGAUGAAACCGCUGGUUACAACCACGAAGAAGUAUCAAAAAACUUUGAGUGUAAUGUCUUCAAUGUUGCACUCGACAAUCUGGCUAGUCAAAUGAGAUCGAGAUUUAAAGUAAUAGAGGAGAAAUGUAGCAGGUUUUUCUUUCUUUGGUCUUUACAGAAAUCUCAAACAGACCAAGAACUAGGUUUAAAAGCUGAGAAUCUGGCUAAACUUUACCCAGAAGACUUAUGUAAAAACAAAUUUUCUGAUGAAUUUCGGCAUUUUUUUUCCGUAAGAAGAAAUAUUGUAGCCAGCGAAAAGCCUGUCGAACUUCUAAAUGAAGUUUAUGCAAAGGGGCUGCAUUCAAUAUUUCCGCAAGUGUGUGUUUCUCUUAGAAUCUUUCUAACAUUGCCCGUUUCAACAUCUGAAGGAGAAAGAUCUUUCAGCAAGUUAGCUAUCAUCAAAGAUUAUCUUCGUUCCACAAUGGGCCAGGAGCGAUUGUGCUACUUGAUGAUCCUUUCAAUCGAAUCAGAUUUAGCCAUUAACGUUAAUUAUGAAGAAGUUAUUUCAAAUUUUGCUGCUAAGAAGGCCCGGAAGAUGUGUUUGUCAAUUAAGAAUUGA